AUGAUCCGCUGCAUUCGACCAGGUUGUACUCAACUGUUUCAGGCUAAAGACCGUGAGCUGCACGAGCAACGUGACUGCAGAUUCACUCGACACACUCGCCAACUUCUUCGAGAUCGAGACGAUGGAGAUACUCCUGUUGAGUGCGAAUUGUGUCAUGAAACUCGUUUCAUUAUCAGGAAGCGCAAUCUGAAGAGCCAUCAACUGUACAUGUGUGUGAAGCGGCAAGUGGCUUGUCGUUAUAGUGAAUGGGGCUGCGAGAUGAAAUUCCCACAACAUGAGCAAGAAGUUCAUGAAGCAACUCAAUGUGUCGUGGCUGAACGAAGGAGGAAAAUCGCUGCCGACGCGCAACUUGUGAACGAGGAAAUUUUAUGUGAUUGGUGCCAGCAAAAAGUGAAGAAACGUAAAUUACUCGACCACCAGGAAGACGAAUGUUCUGAACGCGAGCGUCCGUGUCCAAACUCCGUCAAUGGAUGCAAAGAGUGGGUCCCUGUUGGGAAAUUUGACGAGCACAUUCGUACCUCCUGCAUCGUGACGAUAGAACGGAAAAAUCUGGCAGCAAGAGCACGUGAAAAAAACUCACCCGUGACGUGUCCAGAGUGUGGAGAAAUAGUUCGGUUGCGGCAUCUCACUCGACACUUUAAAGAUGAAUGUGUCAGCCGUGUCGUUCCGUGUAAGAAUGCUGCUCAUGGCUGCAAAGCGCGUCUUCGAUGGCGAGAUCGACACUUGCAUGAAGACUUUCUGUCAUUGUCAAAAGACCGCAGCAUGCUUCAGUUCAGCACUGGAGGAAACGCGUACAUCUCAAUCAACAGUACGAAUCAAACGUCUGUUGAUCUACCACCCCCGUGGACUGCCGAAUUUUACGUUUGGAUGGUCGACGCAGAUGAAGAAAUCCUGUCAUUGCAUAAAAGCAGCUUGGAGUUAAUGGAAAUUGUUGCUGUUCACACACGGGAAAACGCUCAGCGGCAAACUAAAUCCGACAAUUGCAAGAAGAAAUUGAAGGAGUUAAAGCAAAAACGCAAGCGUAAAAACACUGAUAAAACACAAGGAACGCAUCUGUCUGGUGAGGAAAUGGCAAUCGCAGCAAAAGAACUGGCGGAAGAUUUCAAUAAUGCAGAGAACGGAUUGGUAGAGACUCGAAAGGAGAUCGCGUUGGCUCAAGGCUGGAUCGAGGUCUACAUCGUCGAGGCUAAGCGCAUUUUGGACACGGAUGUGGCUGACGAGGACGCAAAACAAACACUCCUCACUGCGAUUGUCGACCAAACUGCUCAGUUCUUGAACGAGAGGAUGCUGCUAGUGCAAUUAUUACCAGAAUCUCAUCGAUCUUUGCUAAGUGACUUGGAAGCGUGGGCCAAGCAGUUUACAUCCAAAAUCCCAACCAAAGAAGACAAAGCUGAGCGUCAGCGCAAAGUUGCAGAGCAGAAUAACCUACUUAAGAAACGCAGUGAGUUUCAAUCACAAUUGGAGGCUUUAGAUCCUGAAGAUCCAGAGUCUCAGAGACUGCAACGCAGAUACGAACGUGAGAUCUCCAAAGUGGACGCCAAGUUGUCGCUCAUAUCGGACAGCAAACCGACUCAACUUCUAGAGCGCUGCGGCCGCCACAUCAUCGCGUCGAGUGUGAAGAAUGUCAUCUCUUUCGUAUCUGGACCUAAAGGCGAGAUAGUUUUCUAUCGUCUAUCGGGAAAAGCAGCAAGAGAAGUGAAUUUCCAAGUUCGAAUGGAACGGAAUCGCUGGAACCACGUCGUGUUCUCUGCUGGUUCGAAAGAGCUCAGUCUCUUCCUUAAUGGCGAACUCAAAGCCACCCGCAGCGGCGUAUUCGACCUGCCUAUGAGCAGUAUCGGCACCAAAGAGAAGACCGAGUCAUUCCAGGGUUUUAUCCAAGAGAUCCGCUACUGGAACGAGUGUCGUAGUAUCCAGCAGAUUCAACAGAACGGUGCGUCUAUUCUACAUGUGGCUAAGUGUAAGUCUCUCGUGGGCUAUUGGACGUUUGAGGAAGGAAUGGGCGACCUAGUGGACGACAUGGCGUUGAAGCUGCCUCGUUCCUCUUGUUUUGAUACAAACUGGGUCAUUUACGACACUCCGGAGGUUCGUAAACGCUUCGGCAUUCCACCCACGCCGUCACUGCGAGACCAAACGUGCUGCUUAGUGAACCAGAAGUUGAAGCUGCUGGCUCAACGCGCACGCGACCGGGAGCUGGACGUGGUGCCGUGUCGUCAGCACUGCGAACAGGCCGUCGCGUAUCGGGAUCUGGAGCGGCAUCAUCGUGUCGAGUGCGUACAUCGCUUGGUUGUGUGUAAGGAGGUUGGCUGUGAGGCCUCGUAUCGCUUCAGCAAUGAGGCUGAGCACCUGCGGACCAAGUGCGAGCGUCACUUACUGCGAGAUGAACUGGUACGUCGCUACCACGAGAGACGCGAACUGGUCGAGUGCGUCUUGAACUGCUCUGAGAGGAUCCAGAGGCGAUUUAUGACGCUGCACUGCCACCAAGAGUGCGCUAAUAGACUCGUCAAGUGUCCGUGGGAAGACUGCGGCACCACAGUUCUCGCUAAUUUGUUGACUGGCCACUUGGAGAGCGAGUGCUGUAGUGAGACAAAGGCGACAAGAGAGGAAAUGGUGGAGAAUGGACGCCAAAGACUCAAGAUGAAGGAAGAGAAGGAGAGUAGAGGAUGA